CUCUCGUGUUAGCAAACUGUUAUCGAAACUCCGGUAUAGAAAAUAAUAACAAGCGAAUAAAGCUUGUCGUUAGCUAUGAUGAAGAUACUUUUAAUGGUGUCAAAUUAUAUAUCGAUAGUUGUAACAGACAAACUGACGUAUUUUCUCCACUGAAAUUUGCUGCGCUGAUUAUCUCAUAAUUGGGCGCUCAGAGAAUUCGCAUUAAGAGUAGCCUAGUAGGCCUAUGCCUAUCCUUAUACCUCCGCGUAAGAGAAUUUCCACGACAUUACGGAGAUAGAUUACCCAUAGGUAGGCCACAUUUUACGUUUAACUAUGAGCAUUACUUGUUCGGCAAUUUGAAAGGUUGAUAACACAUGGUAAAGGAUUGCAUUCAGGCCCUUCUUUUCUGCGCCUACUGCUGUUUUUCUUUACCGACAAGUCAAAUUAGCAUAAUGGCUCGCGUAUCAUCUUGCCUCUCUCAAGUAACACCUACGAUAAAGUACUUAGAGGCGAGAGGAACUGUGGCGUCAGCGGUUGAUGGUGAAAGUUGUUGUGGGGCCAGCGCUGCAGGUUAUUUUACAAGAUAUAAAAGUUAGUCAGUGAGGGACUGUUUAUCAAAGCAUAGCGUUCAAGUAGCCUAAAUAAACAAAUAAAACAAUCAUUAACAACAAAUUUUUCAAUUUACGAAUAGCCUAUUGUUCGAGAAUCUCAAUUUUAUGCUAGUAGUAGCCUAUUCAACUGGUGUAUGUAGGCUACACUAACAGCGCCGUGUAAAAAUAAUAACAACACCAGGGCCCCUACACCUUAACAGGCCAGCACCUCACCCCCAUUUCAGUUCGUAUUUCGGUGAUUACAGGUCGCUUAGAAAUGAAUGGAGGCCCUGUUGUGAGAAUAGCUUAAGGCCCCAGUGGGGUGUCUUGACGGGGCAUUAGGCUUGCACUCAGGAAAAAGUAAAGACUGCAAAGUGGCCGAUAGUCUUCAAAGUGUGGUCGUUGCGUCUCGCUCUCUCUCAGUUCUGGGAUGUUUUUACAAUACUCAUCCAACAAAAAACAUUUCCUCCUGAGCACAUUUGGUUACUCACGACCGAUAAUUGGCUACAGUGUAUUGAGGACACCACAUCCUUUUCUUGCGUGACCAAAUAUCGACAUGAUCACCUUAUGUACUCAAACUAGAGUUUGGUUAUAGAUUGAUGGCAAAAUGAAACCUCUGACAAACUCAAUUUAAACGAAUUUACUUAACCCAAUGUUAAUAUAACUUUGCUUCAUGACAUUUCCCGGUUCAAAAAUGAUUUUGCUGGACUACGAGUUGGAGAAGUGUAGGCUAACUGACACAAUCCGUUAUUCUUAUGAACAGGCCCUCUUCUUUGUUUGGGUCUUGGUGUUUAUCCAAAGCACCAACCAAACAACAAUUUUCUGUUUCUGUUGAUAAGUCUAUGCCGAGGUGUAACGAAUUACUUGUAAGAACUAUGAUGAUGAUUGAUUCAUAUAUUCAUAUACAUGCAGUAAUAUACAUUACUUGCCAUUCUUAAAUUAGCUGAGCUGAGCUUCUUUCGCCAAUGCACGUCACGGUGGGCGAUACCCUCAUUAUAAUAUAACGAAGAAAAUGCUGAAUUCAGUCGCCACCAAUGGGAGGGAAAUGGGGCGUGGUCUCAAACUACAAGAAGUGUAGUUCACUUACCUGAGCUUAACUGGUUGUAAAUAGGCAUCGGAAAUCGUAGUAUUCGUUGUCGGGCUGCCGCUAUCGUAAAACUUCGUCAUGAAAACUCUAACUGCCGAGCUCCCAGACCAGAAAGAUGUAAGAAGGGUCCCCAAGCCCCUGAUGGAGAAGCGGAGAAGAGACCGCAUCAAUAACAGCCUGGAGACUCUGCGUCUGUUACUGUUAGAGAAUACACACAAUGAGAAACUACGGAACCCCAAAGUGGAGAAGGCUGAAAUUUUGGAGAGUGUGGUUGACUUCCUGAAGGCAGAGCAGGAGGGAGGACACGAGGCUUGGCCAACAUUCGGAGGAAAGAGAGACAGACCUGGAGGGGAGGACGGGGAGAUGAAGUCACCCAGCAAGCAUCACCACAGCUACCACAGGGGCAUGAGGACAUGUCUGUUAAGGGUUGGCCACUUCAUCGCAGCUAAGAGUCAUGAGCUGGAGGACAGCAGCGAGGAGUGCCCACAGGCAAAAUCCCCACUGUAUCAUGUGCAUUCCCCUCCAUAUCCACCAUUAGCAGUGGAAACCCAAUUGCCCAUCACCCAAGACUUGGAGUCCAAGCCUGGUCUUCACAUGCCCCCACGGAAAAUUCUCCCAUAUGGGCAACUGGCCUCUCCUUGUUCUUCCUUAGGUAUGAAGAGGCUUCCCCAGGCGAGAGUCUGUCCCACUAUCUCUCAUGUGCUCAGCAACAGCAGCAGUGGGGUGCCAUCCUCAAAAUCAUCUGCUGUUCUCAGUGACACAGUGUGGAGGCCCUGGCCACAGUAGAGACAGCCUCAUAUUUGUACAGAGAAGAUCUCUUUCAGCUACCUGGACAGCUGCUAGGAAACUGGAUUCUCACUCAUCACCCAUUACUGCAGGGCAGACCGUUAUUUGGUCAACCCAGCCAAUCGGUUCAAAUGGCUUUUGCUGAUGUGGUGUUAUGUUAGUAGAACAGAGGGACAUACAAAGAGUACAUUGCUAUCCAGGAAUCAGACUGUUCAGGCUCUGAAAGACUGUAAUAUGUGUAAAUAUACAGCAUAUGUAUAUAUGUAUUUUUCUGUACUGAUGAUUGUGUUGAGAUUACAUUGGUGUAUAUAUACUAUUACAAUGUUCCUGUUACAGAACAAGGCUAACAAUUUAAUGAGAUAAUUUUAAAACAGAUAAACAUUUGCUUCUGUUUGCUUUUUUAUAUAAUUUUUGAUUUGUUAUUUGACCUAAAAUAGGCUUUGUCACUACCAAGGGGGAAAUAAGAACAGUACUUGCAGUAUUGUUGUUAUAUAUAUAUUUUUGUAUACAUUUUUGUAUAAUUAUUUUCCCAUCUAUUUUUUCUGUUUUUACUCAAGUGAAAAUGACAAUGAACUAUUUUGAAGGUCUUUGUUAUUUUGUUUCAUACAGUAUGCCAUUAAGUUGAUGGUUAAGGUACUGUUAUAAGUGUUUUCUAUUUUAUGAAAAGUUUGUUUCAAAUCAAAUAGUUCCAUGGAGUUUUAAUCAGAAAUGUUAUCGAGAAACAAAAUUCCUAUUGCUCAAGCAGUAUAUUUUCACAUUUUAGAUGAAUUUGAUAUCGUAGAU